CGAAAUCUUUCAAAUCACCCAUGUAAUUAAUAUCUUCAAUAACAAAAAUUGUUUUUACAAAGUCAUCAUCUUAAAGGUUCAACGCAUACAUUCUUUUAAAAUCGAGCUUCUGCAGCUCUAAUGCCGAUCAGGAGUAAUUCGCAACAAUCAAAGACCCUCAGCCUUGAGUUGAAAUAGGAGACUCAAUUCAAUACAAACGCGACUCGAUCUAACAACAAGACCUACAACAAAGAAUAUUACAACAACAUCCAAUCACUCUCUGAUUCAUUCGAUCUCAAAAUGGAUCAAAUUUCCAAAAUCAAAGAUGCGGUCGUUAAUUACCUUUCUCCCGUCGCGAAACGUCGUAGAACAAUGGGGGGACCUCAAACACCGGGUUGCAUCGAAUUCGACGACGAACACCAAUUUGUGUCUGAACCACAAAACGAUAGGAGAUCUCUCAACUUCGCACAUACUCGCAUGAACCAAAACUAUGUUUCGAAGGAAGAUAGAACGACACCUACAAGAAAUCCCCUCAAACGUCCUCGCGAAGAUGAUGAAGUUGAAGGUCUUGUAUUUUCAGGAGAUGAAAUCUCACCAAAGCAAGCUUCUUCGCACAACGUCACUGAGAGUGGUGAAGAAUCGGAGACUCCAGAUUACAUGGAUGAAGACGAAGAUGAUGGAGAGGAAGAGGAUCAAAUUUCUGCCCAGCAAAAAGUAGAUGAAUAUCUUGCAAAGCAGGCUGCGGAAUUUGCUAUGGCAAAAGAGACGGUAGAAAGAGCUCGAGCGGAUGGCGAAUGGUCUCCCGAAGAACUUUUUCUAUUGGAAAGACUUCAAUACAUGGGCCACGAAGGACUUUUGCCGCACUGGGCAAAGGAGCGGAAUUUUCGGACGGUUCCUGAGGCUAUGUUUUGCCCUGAUGAUAAUGCCCUCUUGGGUGAGAGUAGCAAAUCCAUCCAAAUGUUAGAAUUCCUCGUCCAUUACCUACCUCGCCGCGUACAUGAUAGAUACUAUGGUGGAUCUGGCCCACCUGAAGCACAGAUGCGGCAAUGGAUUGGCAAAUAUGUCGAAUGGACUGAGAGGGAUGGAGGGUAUUAUAAGAAGAAGUUUAUUCCAGUUCUGUGCCUUGUCGAAGGUCGAUGGCGCGCGCCCGCUGCAGAAACGACCAAACGCCUCAAAGAUCAGAUGAAUUUUCAUGCUGAAUCAUGGCGUCGGACUUUACGACGCCCUUCGCCUAUUGUCAAUGAGUUUGGCGAGACAGAAAUAUACUUUCGACGUCCUCCUCUUAUUUAUGGAAUCCUCUACAUACAAGCCAAAGCUCUUUUCGUUACACUCGACUCAUCGGAUCCACAAGCAAAGAUUAGAGAUAUUCACGUUUGUGAUUUCUUAGACACAAGCAAGCAUUUUUGGCAUGCUAUAUCUGUUGCUAUAGUGGCCAAAAUUGCACAAAGAUAUAUGAUGUCAAUCGUUGAUACGUUGGAGGACGAUGACCCGCCGGAACCAGAUUCGUGUCCCGAAGACGAAUUAGAAUCAGUGCGCGCGAGGGAAAAGAGAUUGCAGAAAGAGGCAAAAAAACUAGAGCGAGAGAAGGAGCGUCAACGUCAGGAAGAGCUUUCGAGACUUGAGCAACAAAUGAACGAAAUCAAGAUGGAAGAAGACGAAGAAGAUAAUGUUAUGGAGUCCAUCGAGGAGUAUGAAAGAGUGGAGAUUAUUGAGGGCGAAGAAGAAGAGCAAGAAGAAUUUGAGGAUGAUCGCCCAUCAAUGUCAGAAUAUGAUGAGGAAGAAGAGGAAGAAGUGGAGGUUGAGGUUGAUGAGAACGCAGACGAAAACGAAAACGACGAGCAAAGUCCAGAUGGAGAAUUCAUAAGCGACGAGGAUAUUGAGGAUGCUGAAGAGGACGUUGAAGACGAAGAUGAGCCAGACGACAGCAAUGUUAGUGACGAAAGCGAAAGCGAUAACGAAAAAGUUGAAGUCGGUACUCACUAUGGAACUGAACUUACCCCUAGAUCAGAAAGCUCAGAUGAAUUAUAGCAACACUAUCGCUAAAUUCUUGUUUGAAAAGUACGCACAUACCAUUUUUCUGUAUGAUUGUUCUGUUGGAUGUAAGAUUACUACUUUCAAUUUCCUUUCUUUUAAGGUCCUUCGCGCGCAUAAACACACAGCUGUCACGCCACUGUAGGGUCGAUUCAACCAAGAUGUAUUGAGAAUACACUCGAGCAAACUGACUUCGAAGAGAUUAUCAUGAGGCAUCUAUCAAAUGCUCUCUGAUAUUGGUACAUUGAUGAACACGUGGGAAGGAUAAUACUAGGCAAGGGAUUGGGUGGAGGGAGGACUCAUUAUGGGUUACAAGUUUUUAAUCUUUUCUGUGGCUGUUUUCUUUUCAUGAAAUACCCCCUUUUACUUUAGCGCAAUA